AUGGCGGGCGGGAACUUCGACGAACUGAUAGCCAAGUACCUGAAGGCCACUGGGCACCAUGACAUCGCGACGACGUGGCUGCACAAGCUCAAGGCGGACAGCGGGGGGGGGAGUGGGAGUGCGAGGCAGAAGGAGGAGGUUGUGCGGACACAACAAGAGCUGCAGGUUCUGCUGAGCUCGCGCCCGCGGCCACGCUACGCGUCAGAGGAGUACCCGAACGCGUUCGCGAAGCUCGCGGACUGGGUGGACAACUCGCUGGAGAUCUUCCGCUACGAGCUCAGCCUCAUCCUCUACCCUCUCCUCGUGCAUUCGUACCUGAAGCUCCUAGCCCGCGGGGACGAACAGCGCGCUUCAGCGCUCAUGGACCGCUUCUCUUCCAGGUUCCUCGAGGUCGGCGGGCUGCCGUGUCGCCAGCGCGCCGGCGAGAUCGCGGCGCUGCGCGAGGUCACCAAGAGCCAGCAGAUACCGGGCUCGCACGUGUGUUCCAAGAUCCUCCAGUCCCGGCACCGCGUGAGCAUGUCGGCGACGUCCAAGGACCUCCUGAUGAAUUUCCUCGCCGAGGCGGGCCUCGCGCCGCUCCUGGCGAUCGUGAACGACCACCUCGCCCUCGACAGCCACAGAGCGGAGCCGCUACAGCUGCACGACGACCGCAACUACGACAGGACGCUGGCGCCGGACCUGGAGGACGUGGGCAGCAACGCGGGCACGGUCAACCGCUCCGCGGUGACGGUGGGGGUGUUGGAGGGGGGGUAUGAGCACUUGUUGUGCAAGAAGCUUGAAGAAGAGGGGAAGCGGGAACUGAAGCUCAAGGCCGAGCAGCAGAAGCAGGACGGGAAGGCGCCGAAGAGCAAGGACAAGGGCAGCGCCGCCGCGGCCGAGGCGCGCGUGGUGCGCGACGCUCGAACUAGAGCCAUCCAAGGCACCGUGGAGCCUCCCGAGGGGAUCAAGGCGUUGAUGGACUGUCAGGACCCCGACGUGACGGAGGCGGUCGUGGGGAUGAUGCGCAAGCGGCAGGCGGUCGGCCCGGACAGCCUGCCGUCGUGUCUGAUCUCUACCUUUUUCAAUACCGCCAACAGUCUGAAUUGCUGCAAGUGCACUCCUGACGCAACGCUGAUCGCCGCGGGGUUCGACGACAGCAGCGUCCGGCUGUACGACGUCCGUGCCGAGCGGCCGCCGCUGACCGAGGCCGCGCGGGCCGCGGGCGAGGAGGACCCGGGCGAGGGUCCGCGGUGGCAGAACAUGUGGUGCCACUCCGGGCCCGUAUACGGCGUCGACUUUCUCCCCGACGCGUCCGGGCGGAAGUUCCUGCUCUCCGCGUCCGGGGACGGCACGGUGCGGUUCUGGUCCGAGGAGAUCAAGGGCUCCCUCGUCACCUACCUCGGCCACAUGCUCCCCGUCUGGGACGUCGCCGCGUGCCCGUACGGUUACUACUUCGCCACCGGCGGCGCGGAUCGGUCGGCGCGGCUCUACUGCACGGACCGCAAGCACGACGUGCGGCUCUUCGCGGGGCACCAGGCGGACGUGGGCUGCGUGGCGUGGCACCCAGCGUGCCACGUCGUCGCGACGGGGAGCGCGGACCGCACGGUGCGGCUGUGGUCGGUUGACUCAGGGAGCUGCGUCAGGGUGCUGACGGGGUUCAAGUCGGGCAUCGCGUCGCUGGCGUUCUCCGGGGACGGAACGCAGGUGGCCGCCGGCACGCUGGACGGCAGCAUUAUGGUGUGGGACAUUCGCGCCGCGCGCGCGCUUGGGACGAUUGAUGCCCACCGCGGGGCUGUGUGGGCGCUGGCUGGGAGCCACGGGCCGGGGCCGGGGCUGUGGGCGUCCGGCGGCGCGGACUGCACGGUGCGGCUGUGGAGGGAUCCUGGGUCGGGGGCGCGGCUGGCGGGGGCGGGGGAGGAUGCUGCGGGGCGGGCGUCGUGGCACGUGCGGAAGUGGCGGACGCGGGCGACGCACGUGUACGACCUGUCGUACACGUACGGGAACUUGCUGCUCGCGGCGGGGGCGCUGCAGCUGCCGCGAGAGAGUGGGCACGUGUCGUAG